AUGAAACUCGCCAUACAAAAGGCAAGGACCCACGGCAUCGGAUGGGUGGUGGCUAAGAAUUCAAAUCACUUUGGAAUCGCUGGAUGGUACGCGGAAAGCGCUCUUCAACAAGGACUCGUGGGAAUGGCAUUCACAAAUACCUCACCUUGUGUCUUCCCAACGAAUUCAGCUGAGAAGAGCCUUGGAUCGAACCCAAUUUGUCUCGCAGCACCGGCAGCCAAUGGGGACUCGUUCUUCCUUGACAUGGCAUCGACAACAGUCGCUUACGGAAAGAUAGAAGUGGUGGACCGUCGUGGUGGCAAACGAAUUCCGCGUGGAUGGGGAGCGGAUGCCGACGGCAUCGAAACUCAGGAUCCGAAAGAAGUGCUCAAUGGUGGAGGACUACAGCCAUUGGGCGGAUCGGAAGCCAGCGGUGGCUAUAAAGGCACUGGUCUCUGCAUGAUGGUGGAAGUGCUGUGUGGCAUCAUGGCUGGAUCAUCGUUCGGAAAAUCGAUUCGAAAAUGGCAGACAACUGAAGAGACAGCCAAUUUGGGACAAUGCUUCGUCGCAAUUGAUCCAGAAUGCUUUGCGCCGGGAUUCAGUGAACGGCUCAGUUGUUUUCUGGAUGAGACAAGGGAUCUCAAACCGGUUGAUCCGUCUUAUCCCGUGCAGGUAGCAGGCGAUCCUGAACGAGCUCACAUGUAUAUGUGCGACGAACUCGAUGGAAUCGUCUACAAGAAAAGUCAACUUGAACAUUUGGAGAAGUUGGCAAACGAUCUCGGUGUGCAAAUGUUCAACGCGAAAAAAAUGAGCUUGUCCGUGGAGACCGACGGUCAAAGCAGAGUUGGGCUACAAGUAUGA